AUGGUGGGGCUGCCAUCCCUGAAGAACACUGACUCCCCAUCCAUCCCAGAUGGUUGUUCCCAAGGGGCUCCCCAAAUAGCCAGAGCUGGGGAUGUGGGGCACUUACUUCCUCAGCUGGUCUUUGCAAAUUUGCCCACACCGCUUCCUCAGAGGGACCCUCAGCCUAAGGUCAUCAAAAUGAUGCCAAGAACGGCACUUUCCAAUUGGUGUAAGCCUUCAGUGCUCUGUGUAAGUUGGUUCUGGGGACUGUACCGUCCUGACCGGAGGAGGAUGAGUCCCUGGCGCCCGUUUGGCGAGUCCCACGAGGAGGUCAAGAACCUGGGCUUGUUCCAGGUGGCACGGGGUCAUGUCAGGACAUCCAUGCCCACAGGAGGGAAAGAGGAGCAGGCGGGGAGGGGGGAGGGCAGCCCCAGAGGAAGCCUUUUGAGGUGUCGCCCCAAAACUAUUAUGUUAAAGCCCCAAACCCACAUUAGGAUACGGAGAGAACACAGCCACUUAAAAGGCAGGAAGCAGCAUCUCACGAGGAACGGUGUUGGCUGGCACCUUGGUCUGGGAAUUCCAGCCUCCAAAUUCUUGCAAGGAAUACAAUUUCAACUGACCUGUUUUUUGCACCUUGGGUUGCUCAGUUACAUGGACGCUCAAGAUGAAUGCAGCAGAGGUGCUUGUCGCCCCCCCCCCACCAGCAAUCUCCUGGUGGGUUGCAGAGCUCAGCUCUCUGCUUCUCCCUGCGGGCUGGGUGGGGCCCAGAAAUACUGCAUCCUCAGCUACCUUGAGGGGGAGCAAAAAUGCUUCAUCUGUGGCUCCAGAUUUCCAUAUGAUCCGCACGCCCAACCCAACAGCCACACCACUGAGAAUGUAAUCCCAAGUUUUGAAGCAGAUAGAGAAAAGAAAUGGUGGCAAUCAGAAAACGGUCUUGAUCAUGUCAGCAUCAGACUGGAUCUAGAGGCAUUAUUUCAGUUCAGUCAACUUAUUCUGACCUUUUAGACUUUUUGGCCUGCUGCAAUGUGAGUUGAAUGCUCCACAGACUAUGGACACACCUGGAGAGUGUUCAAAUAUUUUGCCAAAGACUGUACUACUUCCUUCCCCAACAUCGCAUCUGGCCAGGCCCACGGAGUGGGAGACCUUGUUUGUGACUCCAAAUAUUCUGAUAUUGAACCCUCCACUGGUGGUGAGGUUGUUUUAAAAGUUUUGGAUCCCAGCUUUGAAAUAGAAAACCCUUACAGCCCCUACGUCCAGGACCUUGUGACAUUAACAAACCUGAGGAUGAACUUUACCAAACUCCAUACCCUCGGGGAUACUUUGCUUGGAAGGAGGCAAAAUGAUUCCCUUGAUAAAUACUACUAUGCUCUAUAUGAGAUGGUGGCUCUGUGAAGCUGUUUUUGCAGUGGCCACACUAGCUAAUGUGGCCCAACACAGAAGGUGCGCGGAGACGUUUUCAGCCCUCCUGGAAUGGUUCAUGGUCGGUGCAUCUGUCAGCACAAUACAGAUGGCCCGAACUGUGAGAGGUGCAAGGACUUCUUCCAGGACGUUCCUUGGAGGCUAGCUGUGGGCCCCCUGGACAGCACUUGCCGAGCUUGUCGCUGUAACGGACAUGACCGCUGUCACUUCGACAAGACCGUGUACCUGGCGAGCGGGAGCCGCCGGGGGUACAUGUGUGACGGCUGCCGGCACAACACCAAGGGCCAGCACUGCGAUCGCUUCAGACCCCUUUUCUACAGGGACCCCCUCAAGGCCAUCUCGGAUCCUUAUGCGUGCAUUCCUUGUGAAUGUGGCACUGAUGGGACCAUUUCGGGUGGCUUUUGUGUGAGCCGCUCUGAUCCUGACUUGGGGUCUUUGGCCGGCCAGUGCCUGUGUAAGGAGAACGUGGAAGGAGCCGAGUGCGACCGAUGCAAGACCAACCACUACGGACUGACCGUCGCCGACCCCCUGGGCUGUCAGCCCUGUGACUGUAACCCCCUAAGGAUUAUGCCCCUCUUGACCUGUGAUGUGGAAACAGGCCAAUGCUUGUGUCAGUCUCUUGCUACUGGACCACACUGUGAAGAAUGCACGGUUGGAUACUGGGGACUGGAAAAUCACCUCCAUGGAUGUUCUCCCUGUGACUGUGAUAUUUGAAGUGCUUAUUCCAACGUGUGCUCACCCGAGGAUGGGCAGUGUGAUUGUCAUCCGCAUGUCACAGGUCGCAGCUGCACGGAGCCAGCGCCCAGCUAUUUCUUUGCUCCUUUGAAUUUCUACGUCUACGAGGCAGAGGAAGCCACGCCACUCCAGGGACUGGCUCCUUUGGCAAAGUUGUGUUUAUUCCUCUCUGGCCAGCUGCCUGCUGUUUCUGUCGUUCUCCGAGGGCCAGUUCCUGGGAUGCCUGUUACGUGGAUGGGACCUGAAUUUUCCAGCAUUCUCCCUGGGGCCGGCUUGAGAUUUGCUGUGGGGAACAUCCCCAUUCCCAUGGAUUUUGCUGUUGCCAUUCGCUAUGAAACUCAGUCUGCAGAUGACUGGACUGUCCAGAUGAUGGUUAACCUGGCUGGAGAGAGCAAGCACUGUGCACGUGAGACCCCACAGCCAAAGCCUCAGCCUUUACCAGCAGCUUCCAGAAUCGUGCUGCUUCCCACACCCAUCUGUUUAGAACCAGAUGUACAAUAUUCCAUAGAUGUCUAUUUUUCCCAGCCUUUGGAAGGAGGAUUCCAGGCUCAUUCACACAUUGAAUUGAUUCUGUAAGUUGGCCUUAUUCCCCAAAUCAACUCAUUGGAGAAUUUCUGCAGCAAGCAGGAUUUAGAUGAAUAUCACCUGCACAACUGUGUUGAAAUUGCCUCUGCAGUGGGACCUCAGGUGCUCCCUGGAGCAUGUGAAAGGCUUAUAGCCAGUUUGUCUGCCUGGCUGCACAACGGGGCCGUGGCCUGCAACUGUCACCCACAGGGCUCAGUGGGACCCAAGUGCAGCUGACUGGAAGGCCAGUGCCAGUGUAAGCCUCGUGUGACCGGCCGCUGCUGUGACACGUGCUCAACAGGAAGCUACAGUUUGGGGCAUCACAGCUGUCACUCAUGUCACGGCCACCCUCAAGGCUCAGAGAACACUGUAUGUGACCAAGUAACAGGACGGUGCCCCUGCCAUGGAGAGGUAGCUGGCUGCUAUUGUGAUCGGUGCCUGGAGGGCUAUUUUGGAUUUCCUAACUGCCGCCCCUGCCUUUGUAAUGGGUUCACGUCAUGCUUCAGUUGUGGAGGUUUUACAACUUGGAGAAACUGUGAAAGAUGCAUCGAUGGUUACUAUGGAAAUCCUUCUUCAGGACAGUCCUGCCUUCCUUGCCCGUGUCCAGAUGUUCCCUCAAGCAAUCAGUAUUUUGCCCAUUCCUGUUAUCAGAAUCCUUGGAGCUCAGAUGUAAUCUGCAAUUGUCUUCAACGUUAUGCAGGUAUGCAGUGUGGAGAAUGCUCUGCUGGUUUCUAUGGAAAUCCAAGAAAUUUGGGAGCAUCCUGCCGACCUUGUGCCUGCAAGCACAUUGAUGUAACUGAUCCAGAGUCCUGCAGCCCAGUCACGGGGGAGGGCCUUAAAUGUCUGCACAACACUCAAGGCCCCAGCUGCCAGCCAGGCCAGGUUACUUUGGCCCUCAGUCAGACCUGUAGGAGGAAGUCCUGUCAUCCUUCUGGCAUGAGUCCAUCUGAGUGUCCCCCUAGUGGAGGAGCUUGCCUCUGUGACCCUGACACUGGCACAUGCCCUUGUAUGCCCAACGUCACGUGUGGCCAUUGUGCUGAUGGAUGCUGGAAUGUCAUCCCCGGCAGAGGAUGUCAACCAUGUGAUUGUGACCCCUGGACCUCACUCAAUAGACACUGUGACCAGCUUACAGGCCAGUGUCCGUGUAGAUUAGGCUAUGAUGGGAAACGCUGCAGUGAGUGUGAGGAAAAUUAUUAUGGGGAUCCCCUGGGGCAAUGCAUUCCAUGUGACUGCAACAGGAAAGAUUCCCAGAAGCACAUCUGUGACCAGGACACAGGCACGUGUCACUGCCGAGAGCAUGUUAGCGGCCCACAAUGCUGCGUCCUGGGUCACGGCCAGGAAUUCCCUGCUUGUCUUCGAUGUCACUUGUGCUUUGAUCAAUGGGACCACACCAUUUCUUACCUCUCCAAAGCGGUGCAAGGGUUAAUUAGGCUGGCUGCUAACAUGGAAGAUAAAAGAGAGACCCUGCUUGUCUGUGAGGCCGACUUCAAAGGCCUCAGAGAGAACAUGUCUGAAAUAGAAAGGAUUUGGAGACAUCCUGUUUUCUCAUCUGGGGAAUUCUUAAAAGUCAAGGAUUAUCAUGACUGUUUGGUAAGGAAAGAAAUCAUGCAACUAAGUGAGCAGAGGAAAACAGUGUAUGAAUUUCAAAAUCUGAAAGAAACAAGAGGAAUAACGAGGAAUAAUGUGAACCUCUUACUUGAAGAUCUUCAAGAAGAAAUUGAUUUGCACUCCCGUGCCCGUAAUGCAAGCAUCAUGGAUUCCUCAAAGAACAUCAAGAAGUAUUAUCAGAGCUCUAUCUGCUGAAAAGAAAACUAAUGGAAGGAUAACUCUGAAAAAAACAGGAAUGUUACCAUCUUAGAUACACUAACCUCAAAAGAAAACUUGUCAUUGGAGAAAUUAAAGCAGAUCAAGAUACCAGAUAUUCAAAUAUUGCAUGAAAAGGUGUGUGGAGGAGGGAACAUGCCCUGUGUGCUCUUGUCCUGUGGUGGCCCGAGCGGUCUCAUCCUGACCCUCUCGAGGAACACCCUCCACAAAGCUCAGGAAGCAGAGCUCGUGAUUCGCAAUUUGAACAACCAAGUUCAAGGGUUGAACAGUCAGAUCAAAAAUAUAAGUAAACUGGCAGAAGUCUCCCCAAACAAUGCCUUACAGCUAAGUGAGAAACUGAGGCAUAUGAAAAACCAAAGUGAAUCUGAAGAAGAAAAAAUGAAUCUUUCAAUCAAGAAACUGAAAAUGUUCUCGUUAGAGGAUAACAUGCCUCCAGAGGACAUAGAGAGGGUUGCAAAUCGUGUACUUGACAUCCACCUACCAGUAACAUCGCAAAAUCUGACCCAUGAAUUUGACAAAAUAUGGAAACCUAUGCAACUCUGUGAGGACUACAGGACAGAGGAGAACAGGCUAAAUAAAGCAGCAGAUGGAGCCCGAAAGGUUUUGGUGAAGGCAAAAGCAGCUGAAAAAGCAGCAAAUGUUCUAUUAAAUCUCGACAAAAUGUUGAAUAAGUUGCAACAAGUUCAAAUCACUCAAGUACGGGCAAAUUCUACCAUCACACAGCUUGGCUAAGUUAUCUGCCCAGAUAACAAAAUAAAAAAGAACGCACUGCAGGCUGAAAAUCAGGCCCGGGAGAAUGAGCUGGACUUAGCAAAGCAACAGUCAGCGCUGGAGGGUGGACUUGCCCGGCUGCAGACCAAGUUGCAAAGGAAUCGAGACGAGGCCGUCCAUGUGGGAGCUCAGGCUGAAUCGGCCCGGCGCCAGGCUGGGGGCCUUGAGGAGGAGCUUGCUGAGCUACAAUGUCAAUAUGCUAUUCUUCAGCCUAAGACAAGCGCGCCAGGACUGACAAAGGAGACCUUAGGGAAAGUGAAACAGCUAAGAGAUGCAACAGUCAAACUGGCCGCAGAUACAGAGGACAAGAUAAGAAGAAUAAACGAUUUAGAAACAAAGAUCCAAGCUUUGAAUCUAAGUAGACAAGAAAAAGCUGAUCAGCUGAAACAGUUGGAAGAUCAAGUCAUUGCCAUUAAAAAUGAAAUUAUCAAGCAAGAAAAUAAAUAUGCUACCUGCUACAGUUAG